GUGGAGAGGAUGUUUCUUCAAGGGCUGUGUGUUCUGAGCCUUACCGCAGUUGUAGUCUCUCUGUCAACUGAGAAAGAAGCCAGGGAAUUUCUGGAGAAAUUUAGUGCAGAUGCUGAGCAGCUGGUCUAUCAAUCUUCACUGGCAUCAUGGAACUACAAUGUAAAUAUCACCGAUGAAAAUGCUGAAAAGAUGAAUGUGGAAGGUGCCAAGUGGUCUCAGUUUUACCAACAAGCCUCUGACAAUUCCACAAAGUUUAAUCUCACCAUGAUAAAGGACACAGCAAUCAAACAACAACUGGAGAUGCUUCAAGACAAAGGGUCGGGCAUUUUAUCCACAGAUGAGUAUAACCGCCUGAAUGAUAUUCAGAAUGAAAUGAGCACAAUCUACGGCACUGGAACCGUCUGCAGUCCAGAUCAAUCUUUCAACUGCCAGGGACUGAGCCCAGGGUUGACCAAUGUAAUGGCCCAAAGCAGAAAUUAUAACGAGAGGCUGUGGGCCUGGGAAGGUUGGCGAGUUAACGUGGGGAAGAAGCUCAGGCCACUCUAUGAGGAAUACGCAGUUCUGAAGAACAAAGCUGCCAAGUUGAAUGGUUACGAGGACUAUGGUGACUACUGGCGGCAUAACUACGAAACCACCGGCACAGGACAGUUUGCAUACACCAGCAAUGACCUGAUGACAGAUGUGGAACAGCUGCUCAAAGAGGUAAUGCCUCUGUACAAGGAAUUGCAUGCAUAUGUAAGAGCGAAGCUCAGCGAUACCUUUGGGCCACAACAUAUCAGUCCAGUAGGAUGCCUUCCUGCUCAUUUAUUGGGUGACAUGUGGGGAAGAUUUUGGGGAAACCUAUAUAGUUGGUCAAUUCCAUUCCCAGAACAGAAAGAUAUAGAUGUGACAUCUGCAAUGGUAGAACAGGGAUGGAAACCAAAAAGAAUGUUUCAGGAGGCUGAUAAAUUCUUCCAGUCUUUGGGCUUCAAACCUAUGAAUGACAACUUCUGGAACUACUCCAUGAUCGAGAAACCUACUGAUGGCCGCAAGGUUGUCUGUCAUCCAACAGCUUGGGACAUGGGCAAUGGAGAGGACUUCAGGAUUAAAAUGUGCACUGAAGUUAACAUGGAAGACUUCCUAACUGUCCACCAUGAAAUGGGACAUAUUCAAUAUGACAUGGAGUAUGCGAACCAGCCAUACUUAUUCCGAGAUGGAGCCAAUGAGGGUUUCCACGAGGGUGUUGGGGAGAUCAUGUCACUCUCCGCAGCCCCGAAGCAUCUGAAAAUCUCUCGGUCUUCUUCCGGACUCUUUAUUAUUGAAAAUAAAGAAACUGACAUCAAUUUCCUCCUGAAGCAAGCCCUAACUAUAGUCGCCACUUUGCCUUUCACUUUCAUGAUGGAGCAGUGGAGGUGGAAAUUGUUCAGAGGAGAAAUACCCGAAGAUCAGUGGAUGAAAAAGUUUUGGGAAAUGAAACGAGAGAUUGUUGGUGUUGUUGAGCCUCUCCCCCACGAUGAAACCUAUUGUGAUCCAGCUGCUCUGUUCCAUAUCGCCAAUGACUACUCCUUCAUAAGGUAUUUCACCAGGACCAUCUACCAGUUCCAGUUCCAGGAAGCACUGUGUGAAACUGCAAACCAUACUGGUGAACUGUACAAGUGUGAUAUCACCAAUGCUACAGAAGCAGGCACAAAGCUCAGGGCAGAAAAUGUACACAUAUUCCAUGAAACAAAAAGGAUCUCAUUUUAUUUCUUUGUUGCCAACCCAAAGAACAUCACAGACAUCAUUCCAAAGGCUGAAGUGGAGCAAGCCAUCAGGCUAAACAGAAAUCGAUUCAACAAUGCAUUCUUACUAAGCGACGACACACUCGAAUUUGUUGGGAUUCCACCCACUUUUGCUCCAAGGAGUGAGCCCCCCGUCACCAUCUGGCUCAUCGUGUUUGGAGUUAUCAUCAGCCUGGUUUGCGUCGGACUAGUUAUCUUGAUUGUUACUGGAUACAGAGCUAGGAAACUGAAAGCAAAAGCACAAGAUGCAGAAGCAGAGAGCGGUGAACUUCACGAGACCAAAGAUGAAAAUUGUGAUGAGAAGAUCAAGAUGGCAGGAGGGACAAAGAAUGAAGCUUUCCAGUCAGAUGAGCCAGUGAAUACAGAGAUGUAAAAGAACCACUUGUUUAGAUUUCACUCUCGUUCCAAGACUCGGUGAAUAUCCUUCGACUAGAUUUUGAACACAUACAAAUUAUAUUGAAGCUUUUAAACAGAUGUGAUUAUUACAAAUUGACCUGCUAUUUCCAGUACAGAAUUAGUGCACAAUUAUCAAUUUAGAUGUUGCAAGCUGCUGAAGUUUAUCCCUAAGACAUGCCCCCGAGAAAUCUAGAUGUAAACAACUAUAAGCGAUUGACCACAUUUGAAAAGUAGUGUAGGUAUUCUGUUCCUUUAUCUGGAACGUUCUAACAGGACCUCGCAAACACAUGACCCCUACCUCCAAGAAGGUAGCAGAAUCCAAACUUCCUCUCCAUGUUGUGCGCCAUCUUGACUUGGAAAUAUAUCACUGAUUCCUCAUAAACACUCGGCCUACAUGUUGGAACUCCCUCUGCAACAGUACUGUGGGAGCACCUUCACCGGAAGGACAGCAGGGGUUCAAGAAAGCAGCUCACCACCACCUUCUCAUGGGAAAUUAGGGAUGUUGGUCUUGCCAGUGACACUAAGCCCCCCAAAAAAUGGUAAAAUAAUCCUACCAAUAGUGUCGUUUGAACCUUGAAGGAAGGAAAAAAAAGAUCUGUUCUGAAUUGCAGCAACAGGAAGGAUCCUUAUUAGGCAGGAUACCUGCCCUGAUUAUAUUAUUCAAAAAGCCAUCUGAUAUUGUGACUGCAGUUCAAAUACUGUGGAAUUUGGUGAUAUUUUUGGUGACCCUGGGGUAGAUGUAACCACCAAUGGCAGCAUUUGAAGAGUUUGAGGCUGAGAGGUCUGCUUGUACUUCACACACCUGGCAAAACAGUGCCAGAACCUCUCAGCUCUCAGUUUUGCCAGGGUUGGACCCAUCUCCCACAAUCUUCUGAAAAUCUUCCAUCAUUCAAUGAGAGCUCCUUGUUAUAGCAAACUGGAGAAGAUUCAGACUGUUGAUAAAAUGCUGACAUAUCCUAUGAGUCCUUUGAUUUGAUUCUGUGAUCCAAAUUUGUGCUGUAGAGGUUGAUGAAGUAACAUGAAGCCAUAACAUGAAAUCCUAAGGAGAUUGUCCAAGCAAAGUUUAAAAGCACUUUUCCCACCACAGAUUAUGACUAGUGCUCAGCUCUGCUCCUUUAUACCAGUGCAUUCCUUUCAUUGUGACCAUUCAAUAAUAGUUUCAAACAAAUAAAGGUAUAUCAGAGUCCCAAAUCUUUGGUUUGUCCUUGUGAAUAUAUAUUGUUUUAUGGCUAAGUAUGACCAUCACCAAUUUUUACAGAUACACCAUAGAAAGCAUCCUAUCUUGUAGAAGACAGUGGAAAGGGGGCUCUGGUGAACAAAGGGUUACUCUCUCUCUACUGGUAAACAGCUUGAGACAUGUCUGCUCGUGAAGUCUCUGCUUGGUGUGGUAAGAAGUGCUGAGCUUCAAGGCCACAAGAACAGGGUUGUUUUCGAGACUAACUGUGAAAGGUGUGUUAACCUGUCUAGCUGCGCACAGCAACCUCAGCUUGACCAAUGGUAGUGUGAGCUGAUCAAGCAUACCCAAAUAUGGGCAUGCCUGUGCGUAGGUGGAUACCCACUGGAGAACAAUGUAUUUAAAUUUGUUAGCACCCUGUAUUCCUUGAGUCAGGCCACAUGCAGGGAAGAGCAGCACUGACUGUUUGCUCCUCCAUGUACCCCCACUCCCACUAACAUGAAACAAUAAAGAACUCUUUGUAUGCUCCUUGGUCCUGCUUUUGUCUGAUUUAUUACAACGCGCAGGUCGACUUUUACAAUCUGGAUGCAUCACAGCUUGGUAUGCCAGCUGCUCUGUCCAGGACCACAAGAAAUUACAGAGUUGUGAACACAGCUCAGUCCAUCAUGAAAACCAGCCCCCCCCCCCACUCAUGGACUCUGUCUACACUUCUCGCUGCCUCGGGAAAGCAACUAACAUAAUCAAGGACCUCUUCCAACUCCGGUCAUCCUCUCUUUUUCCCCUUCCCAUCGAGCAGAAGAUACAAAAGCUUCAGAACACCAGGCUCAAGGACAGCUUCUGUUCCACUGCUAUGAGACUCUUGAAUGGACCUCUUCUAUGAUAAGGAUGAACUCUUGAUCUAUCAAUCUACCUCGUCAUGGCCCUUGCAUU